GCUCUACCUCUUCACUUGAGAAGUGCCCGACCCACCACCUAUCUCCUCCCAACCCCAAUUCAAAACAGAGACAAAAGGACCGCGAACUAUACUCUCGAGCUUCGGCUCUCUGCCUCCUCUUCAUUCUUCAAGCUUAUAUCCUUUGCAUGGAGUUUGGUAUGGCUUCUUCCAGGGUUUUUAACGGUUAUCAAUUCUCUUGCCUAUGUCCCUCUCCAAGAAAAUUUCGGACGCCAGCGGACCUCUCGAGCUUGCCUCCUCGUCUUCGCCCUCUAAAUGCUUCGUUUCUCUUUUCUACCCCAGUUUCUCGCAGAUAUUGCACGUGCAAAGCCACCCUGAAAGAAACGAAUGCCGCCGCCUCCGCGGCAAAGGUGAGAAAUAUGGCUGCAAAUGACUUUGAGCUUUCAAGUUUAACGGCUUUAUCGCCGUUGGAUGGUCGUUAUUGGCGUAAAGUAAAGGACUUGGCUCCUUACACGAGCGAAUAUGGUCUGAUCUACUUUCGUGUUUUAGUUGAGGUCAAAUGGUUGCUGAAGCUUUCCCGAAUUCCUGAAAUCACAGAGGUUCCAAGCUUCAGCGAAGAAGCUCAGUUGUAUUUAGAAGGACUGAUUAAUGGCUUUAGCAUGAAUGAUGCCUUGGAAAUUAAAACCAUUGAAAAAGUGACAAAUCAUGAUGUAAAAGCAGUGGAAUACUUCUUGAAACAGAAAUGCCAAUCACAUCCUGAGAUAGCUAAGGUGCUUGAAUUUUUUCAUUUUGCUUGCACAUCAGAAGACAUAAAUAAUCUUGCCCAUGCAUUGAUGCUGAAAGAAGCAAUGAAAACUGUUGUAUUUCCUGUCAUGGAUGAAUUGGUCAAGGCAAUAUGUAACAUGGCUAAGGAUAACGCACACAUUCCAAUGCUUUCUCGCACUCAUGGGCAGCCAGCUUCACCUACAACUUUGGGGAAGGAAAUGGCAGUCUUUGCCGUCAGGUUAAGCAGAGAAAGGCGGGAUAUUUCUCAGAUUGAGAUAAUGGGAAAGUUUGCUGGUGCAGUUGGAAAUUACAAUGCACAUCUUGCUGCAUAUCCUGAUGUUAGGUGGCCUCAAAUUGCUGAAGAGUUUGUAAAAUCACUUGGACUGAGUUUCAAUCCCUAUAUCACUCAGAUAGAAACUCAUGACUAUAUGGCAAAACUUUUUCAUGCAAUUAUCCAGUUCAACAAUAUAUUGGUUGACUUUGAUAGGGACGUAUGGGGCUACAUAUCUUUGGGUUACUUUAAGCAGACAACUAAGGCUGGGGAGAUUGGAUCUUCAACUAUGCCUCACAAAGUGAAUCCUAUUGAUUUUGAAAAUAGUGAAGGCAAUCUCGGUGUGGCCAAUGGCGGUUUAUCUCAUCUAAGCAUGAAGUUGCCUAUUUCACGUUGGCAGCGUGACUUGACUGAUUCAACUGUUCUGAGGAAUAUGGGUGUUGGGUUAGGGCAUUCAAUUCUUGCCUACAAAAGUACACUACAGGGAAUGGCAAAGCUUCUGGUCAAUGAAGACCGCUUGAGUGAGGACUUGAACCAUUCAUGGGAGGUGCUUGCUGAACCAAUACAGACUGUUAUGCGGAGAUAUGGUGUUCCUGAACCAUAUGAGAAGCUAAAGGAGCUAACAAGAGGGAGAGCUGUUACUAAAGAAAGUAUAACUGAGUUUAUUGAAGGCUUAGUAUUACCUGAAGAAGCAAAGAUUAAUCUAUUGAAAUUAACACCGCAUAAUUAUGUUGGAGCAGCUGUUGAAUUGGGCAGGACUGUAGACAUGGCCGUGAAUAAGGUGAUUUGUUGCUAAUGCUUUUUUUUUUUUUGGGAAAUAAAGUAAAAUGAUUGUAUCUCGUAUAUUCGAAAUUGCCAAGUAUCAAGAAUUUUGUAGGCAAUUUUGAUGCAAAUAUAAUCAUUGGUUUCUAGUGCCUGUGAUUAUAGAGUGAGACCAAAACAAGACUAUAGAGUUGGAUUUGGUGAAUGACUUUAAAUAUUUAUGCUGUCAUAUUGGAGGUAAUCAGAUUCAUUGCUCCAAAUCACAGA